GUUGUGUUUAAAAAACUCAUAGGCAGUCAAAGGUAAAUUAUUCGCGAAUCAUUUCAGUUGCGGUGAACUUUGGGCUGUGUGAAGAGGCGCACUUAUCUCUCUGUAGGCCUUCUAUCGGACACCAUGGCUCCCCAUGUGGAAAACGAAGCGAGGCUUGAGGAGGAGGCACCGCGGUUUGAGAAGCUGGUGGCGCCUUCUGCUGAUUCUUUCAAGUUCAGGCCCGACCCCAUCGAGUACCCCAUAAUGAUGGCCUAUUUCCUCUACGGCAUGUAUGCGAGCUUUAUCGCCUUAACGACCGCUAAAUGUACAACUCUUCUCUUUGCUUUUCUCAUGGUGAUUCCGGGUAUGCUGGGUCUGGGAGCGGGCGUUCACCGGCUCUGGUCACAUCGCUCCUACAAGGUCAAGGCUCCACUCGAAAUUAUGCUGACGAUAUUCUAUGUGAUGUGUAACCAGCGGUCCAUCAUCACGUGGGCCCGUAGACACCGCCUGCACCACCAGUGCUCGGACACCGACGGCGACCCGCACAAUGCUCAGAGAGGCUUCUGGUUCUCACACUACGGGUGGAUGGUCAUGGAACAACACCCAGAAGUGAAGAAACGAUUAAAACACGUCGAUGUUUCCGACUUGUUUAACAAUCCAAUUAUCAAAUUUCAACAUGAUUAUUACGUUGCCCUGGCGAUAUUACUCAGCUACGUCAUCCCAGUAUACAUUCCCACCCUGUGGGGUGAAUCACUAUACGCGUCGUUUAUGGCAAACUUGUUGCGUAAACAUAUAUGUCUACACUUGAUAUGCUCGAUCAACAGCGUCGCUCACCUGGUCGGAUAUAAGCCAAUCGACAGGACCGUCGUCGGUACACAGACGCAGUUUCUGGCCUCCGUGACGGUGGGCGAGGGCUUCCACAACUACCAUCACACCUUUCCUUACGACUACAGGUCAUCUGAGUUCGGAGACUACAAAUACAACUUGUCAGCUAUGUUCAUCGAACUCAUGGCCAAAAUUGGAUGGGCCUACGAUUUGAAAGUAACUUCUGAAGAAGUUAUCAAAAACAGAGUACUGAAAAAGGGUGAUGGAACUGAUCAAUAUUACAUUCCUAAUAAUCCAAAGAAACAGAAAUUCUUUACCACGCAAUUUUACAAAAACUUUACAACGGACGAUACAAAUGAUGAUUAAGGAAAUAAAAUGACAUACGGUCCAUAUAGUGAUGUGACUAUUUACUAAGGGUUAAAAUAGCGUUUGUUAUGUUAGUAGAAUGCGAUGUGCUUUUAUCAUAUUACAAGAGCCAUAAUAGUUUACACAGCGGAACUGAUUGCCUUGUAAUGUUAGCGUGCGUGGUGGAAAUACAAAUUAUAUAGGCCUACUUUUUUCAAUGUCUCAUUUUUCAUCUACUGGAAGAUACUUGAUCUUCAUAACGCAAACCAUUCAUGUCUUCUCUAUGUCAUUUAAGUCUGGUUAAAUAAAAGGUUUUCAAAUGACUGACUCUUGACACCCAUAUUUGACAUUAUCAAAUAUCAUUAACAGUAAACAAGUAGUGUGAAAAAUAUUUAGAAAUUAAGCAAAAGUUAUCUGAUAACAUAUGAAAGUAAACUAUAAUAUUAGUUGAUAUAUUGUAUGUCUAUUAAUGUUUAUUAUUAAAAUGUAUAUUUAAAAUUGAGGUUGUGUAAUGCUACUAGAUGUUUACACGCGGCUUCGCCCGCGUAGUAUUCCCUCUGGAACAGUAUUUUUAUCAUUUCUAUUUAAAAUUCACUCAGUGCAUUUAGCGCCAUCUAUACAGAUCCUGUAUACAGGUGUUCUGCAAAUCUAACGAAAAUUAUAGUUUUUAAAGGUAGGAAAUUGAAACAUAACCUAUUAAAACCUUAUGUCCUUCUCCUUAAAUUUUUAUUAGUUGACUUUUAAAAUCAUUCGUACUUAUUAGAAACUGUAGUUCGUCCGCAAAAAUGUACCUUCUACAAAAAGAAUCGAAAUAAAAUUUUAAACAUUUAUCAAAUUGUAUUACGUAGGUGCAUCAUUAGGAAUGCAUUUUUUUUUCUAACCUGAAUGUAAAUUCAUAAUUUCAUGGCGCAUACUUUAAAUAUAACGAAGUUUAAUACAAACUUGUAACCGCUAUUUACACCUUUAGGGAAAGAAUUUUCAGAAUCUACCUUUCUGUCAAAUUUUAACUUCAUUGAAUGAAAAAUUACUCAGCGCAUUUAGCAUCACCUAUAUAAGAGUUACUGUUUUUUUUCACGGGAACAAUAGUUUUUUCCGGGAUAAAAAGUACCCUAUGUUCUUCUCCAUACUCAGUGUAUUUGCGAAAUUCCAAGAAGAGUACAUAACGCGUGAAGUGGUUACAAACUAACAAAUAAAUAAACAAACUUUCUCAUAGACAAGUUAUUUAUUACUUAUUAAACUUAAAACUCUCCUCAGUUUUAAGUUUAACUUGUCUAUUAUCUGUAUAUCUGUCCGUAGCGUCGUAGCAGCCAAAAGGUUUCUUGCUUUUCUGUCGUCGGGGGUUUAAAAGAUGAAUAAGGUCAGCAGAACGAACAUUAUGACAUUUUAAUAUGUCAUGAAAAAUAUAAUAUGGUGUGAAAACUCCUUUCUAUCUGCAAUGUUUACAGCUCACUGAGCCACUAGUUAACAAAGAAAGAAUAUGAAUUAGCAACUAGAUCAAAAUCUAUACAAUAAACCAGAACAAUGUAGGACGGAAAACGGAACAAAUACCUGCGGUAGGAGACGGGGCGAAGGUCGAAACGUGAGGGUACCAGAUAUUGCAGAGAGAGAUCCCUCUAACUCGACGUCAAAAAAAUUACUUAAACUAAGUCUACUGCCGGCUUCCAAAGCGCAGGUGAAGAAAAAGCGGCGCAACAAACUUCACCGCAGCCUUUUCUCCAAGGACGUCAAUUAACAAAUAUAGGUCUUAUACAUAUAUUAAAAAUUAGGAGUACGAAUUUACAUCAUUAUUAAAAAUGACAAAAUUUGAAUGAAUAAAUAAAAUAAAAGUUAUAUUUCCAAUAAAAUUAUUGAAAGUUGCCACAUAAUAUACAUAUAUAUUAUAUAUAAAAAAGCUAAAUGUACAAAACGUACGUAAUAAUAACAUAAAUCGAUUACAUAUGUUAUGAGGAUACUGCACCAUGCUUGGGCCAGACAUUACUGUCGUUCACAUAAUCAUCAGACUUGUAAUAUGCCUUUUUACAAAGUACUCCUUUUAUAUAAUUUCUAAAUUUUUUGUCCGGCAAAUAAAGAAUCCAUUUUACCAUUAUAAAAACGGCUACAGUUCCCAACAAAAGACGUUCUAACUUUGGCCAACCGAUGCCCGGGGACAGACAAUUUAUCUUUAUUACGUAAGGCUCUAUCAGUGUAAUCACCAACUUUUUAUAAUAAGUUUAAAUUUUUCCGGACAUGCAUGAUGUUGUCAAAUAUGUGUUGAAAGGGUAAUGUUGAAAUAUUAAUAUCUUUUAAAAAAUCUCUAAGGGAAUCCCUUCUCCUCAAACCAUAUAUAGCAUUAUACUACAUAUAACAUAAUACAUUUAUUAAUUAGAUCUUUAAAACCACGCAUCGGAUUUUGAUGCAGAUUUUUAAUUCUCAUUUUUAUUAAAUUGUGUGAAAAAUAAUCUGUUGUCUAAAAACCAUGAAACAUAAAACACUUAGCACGACAUUGCGUCAACAAGUUCUCUCUUUUUUUAUACGAUGCACUACACUAUACUAGCUUUUGUCUGCAGCUUCGCCCGCGUAAAUUUCAGAGUAAAAUCUCGGUCAUUCUUUUAUCGCGUAUUCUGUAAAACCAAUUUUCGGUGGAAGUAUACAUAGUACAAUGUACAGGGAUUCCUUUUUUUUGUAUAAAUUUUUUAUCCUAAUUUAAUUUAGCACAACGAGUUAGGCAUAUUUUUUUACAUAAUAAUAUGGCUGUGACAAACGGACGGACGAACAGACAGACAGACAUAAUGAAUCUAUUUAUAAGGGUUCCAUUUUUGCAAUUUGGUUACGGAACCCUAAAAAUCUACCAAUGCAUUUGUUGUGUCUGCAUUUAAUAUUCUGUGUAACUUUUUUCUUGAUUUUCGAGAAUUAUUUUUUAUUGGUUGAAGUUAAUUGUUUAAAGUUCAUAGGAGAAAAAAAAGUUAAGAAUAAAAAACAAAAAAAGUAUUAUAUUAAUAAGUAUACAGCCUCUGCUUAGUUCAUUCACCAUUCUCCUGCAAUCUUUAUAUUGUGUACAUAAAAUGCUUGUAAUUGACCGAGCGAGUGAAGCGAGGAAGGUCUUCGUUCAGCUCGGCUCAAAAUGUUGUGUUCUCCUCUAGAGGUCGCAUGUCUAAACUGAGUCCCGUGAAAUUUUGGGAGCAGGUUCAAUAAAUAUGUGGCGGUCGAGCAUAAUCACCUCGCUCCCGCUACAGUGGUGACCUCGACGUGAUUGAAAGCUGCAUUCGCCAUCAUCACACCCGAUGUGAAUGGAAGCAGCCUUCUCCAACGUCUUACUCUUCAAUCUUCAGCAUCAAUCCUCGCACUCUCAUUGGUCUCAAGUCAGUAGCAAGGUGUCACUCUCAGCAGCAAGCCAUCACUCAUCUUCAAGGGCAUCUACAGGACCAUCGCAGCCGACGCAAUAUGCCGACGCACCCUUCAGCCCACAUCUGGACGCGCGCACUCACCUUGGCAGCCUUGUAGAGACCGGUGCCAACAAGUCACUUUCCGCUCACGACAGUCUCGACUCACCGCAAACUACGAGGUCAACCUACGUAUCCCGACUCACUGCAACAUCGAGUAACACGGCAUACACGAGAGCACAUACUGCACAUUAAGACUUCAUCUGAUCAGACCUCCGGUCUUUUGGGGGAAGUAAUAUGGCGACAUCUAUCACGCUACAUACACAACGCGGCUGACUCAAAAAGUCGACUAUACAAGUCACUUAAAACGUCACGACACUACGGACAGAUGGCACUACGGUCGACUCACUAUAGAAGCUAAACAAAUAGAUUAUGAAAUCGAAAAUCGAUAGUCGAGUCAUUUCUUAAAUAUUUUUGAAUUUUUGGUCCUAAGCGCCUUUAGAUUCUAUAGCUUUUACGAUCAUUUUGUUUGACAAAGGAAUUUUACUUUUUAUUAUGACGUCUAUAGACCGACAUUUUCACCACCAUUGUCAAAAGAUGAAAAGUCAAGAUUGUGUGCAAAGAGGCGAUUGAUGUUUGAGUCAAAAGUUCUAAUUCCACCGGUAAGUGUUUGUGUUGUAAGUGGUUGUGUUCAAUAUAUUUUUUUUAUUUUAUGA